AUGGCCUCUGCCAGCGAGCAGCACACGCGCGCCAUCCUCGGCGCCGUCCAGCGGGUGGGCGAGCAGAAGCGCGACCGCGAGGGAGCGCUCGCACGCAUGCGCGCCUGCCUCGAGGAGUACGAAGCGCUCGGCGCGACGCUGACUGCGCUGCCUGAGCGCGUCGAGCGGCCGGCGAUGGUGCCGCUCGGCAAGCUUGCGCUUUUCCCGGGCACGCUGCGCCACACCAACGAGGUGACGGUGCUGCUCGGCGAGAACCUGUUCGCGCUCCGCUCCGCCUCGCAGGCCGUCGGGAUCGCUGAGCGCCGCGCUGAGUUUGUGGCGGCGCAGGUGCAGUCUCUCGAGGAGGAGGUGCGCGAGCUGGGCUCGGAGCUUGAGAAGCUCGGAGCGAUGCACACGCUCGGCCUCGACCGCGGCAGCGAGGGAGGCGGCGGCGGCGGCGGCGACGGGUUUGGCCUCGUCCGCAACCCCGACGGGACGGUCGAGAUCAGAGAGGAGUUUGUGGAGGCAGAGUGGAGCGGCGGCGGCGGCAGCGGCGGCGGCGGCGGCGGCGGAGGCGGCGGCGGCGGCGGCGGCGGCGGCGGCGGCGGCGGCGGCGGCGGCGGCGGCGGCGGCAGCGGUGGCGGCGGCGGAUCCUCCAGUGGUGGCGGCGGCCCGGCGGAUCCUCCAGAGGCCUUUACGUCGCGAAUCCUCGAGAGGAGCACCCCCGCGCCGCAGUCGCAGCCGCCGCCGCAGCCGCCGCCGCCGCCGGCCGAGGAGGCUGCGCCCCCCAUGCGGGUCUCGCGCUUCAAGGCGGCGCGGCAGAGGCAGCAACCUUCAGGGACGGAGUGA